CUCUCUAUUACCCUUUCCUCUCUGGCAUUCCAGUGCAGUUCAGGGAUUGAGUGCCUGGAUACGGACACAGGAGGGAACACUCCAGCAGGGAGUGAAAGGGAAUUCUCUACUCUGGAUUCAAUGUUUAACUCAAACUUUAAGCACACCUUAUUUGUGCCAUUAUUUUAUGCAACUUAUUGAUAUCUCCGGUUGGACAUUUCAUCAUUCCAAGGCUUCAGAAACAUCACUUUUUGUGGCUCUGGGAUUUUUUUUCUUUACCUUAUUUAAAAAGAUUAAGUGAUUGGUCACAGAACCCAGAGAGUUGCUGCAUCAACACAAGGGCUGUGACAGCCCUGUCUCCUUCAUGAUGGCAGAACUCCUGCAGCCCAGCGCUAACAGUCUCCAGGUCCCAGAUGGGGACAGAUCCAGGUCUACAUCUCCAAGCAGUUCUCCUUCUCCGUCCAGAAACGAGUGCAGCAUCGCUCCUCUUACUCCCUCGCCCUCUCCGAGGACUGACCAGAGGCCUCCUGUAGCACGUCCGUUUUCUGUAGUGGUUGCUAUCGAUUUUGGUACCACCUCCAGUGGCUAUGCCUUUAGUUUCACAGAGGACCCAGAGGUCAUCCAUAUGAUGAGGCGAUGGGAAGGUGGAGAUCCAGGCGUGGCCAAUCAGAAGAGCCCGACCUGCUUGCUGCUGACUCCUGAUCUACGCUUCCACAGUUUUGGCUUUGCAGCACGAGACAGCUACCAUGACUUGGAUCCCGAAGAAGCUACACACUGGCUCUACUUUGACAAGUUCAAGAUGAAGAUUCAUAGCACUAGUGACCUCACCAUGUUGACAGAGCUGGAGUCGGUGAGUGGAAGAAGAGUUCGUGCCAUUGAGGUUUUUGCUCAUGCUUUGAGAUUCUUCCGGGAGCAUGCUUUAAAGGAGGUGAAAGACCAGUCUUCGUCGGUCCUGGAAGGCGAUGAAGUGCGAUGGGUCAUCACGGUUCCUGCUGUGUGGAGACAACCAGCCAAGCAGUUCAUGAGAGAGGCUGCUUACCUGGCGGGUCUUGUGCCCAGAGACUCCGCUGAGCAGCUACUCAUUGCACUUGAACCCGAAGCCGCCUCAAUCUAUUGUAGAAAGCUCCGCCUCCAUCAAGUCAUUGACCUCAGCCAGAGACCAAUGAUCAACGGUCUCGAUCUCGACACUUCUCGUCCAUUCGACUCCAGUUUCAGGCAAGCACGUGAACAGCUUCGCAGGUCCAGACACAGCAGAACGUUCCUUGUGGAGAGUGGAACUGGGGAACUGUGGUCUGAGAUGCAGACUGGUGAUAAGUACAUAGUGGCAGACUGCGGAGGUGGGACGGUGGAUCUCACGGUACAUCAGAUCGAACAGCCUCAGGGAACACUGAAAGAGCUGUAUAAAGCAUCAGGAGGUCCGUAUGGUGCAGUAGGUGUAGACCUGGCUUUCGAGGCCAUGCUGUGCAAGAUAUUUGGGAAAGACUUCAUCGAAACAUUUAAAGCCAAGCGUCCGGCUGCCUGGGUCGACCUGACCAUCGCCUUCGAGGCUCGCAAACGCACGGCAGCCCCAAGCAGAACCCUUAACAUCUCGCUACCCUUUUCCUUCAUCGACUUCUACAAGAGACACUGCGGACAGAGCGUGGAGACGGCACUACGCAAGAGCAAUAUGAAUAUAGUAAAAUGGUCUUCUCAAGGCAUGCUAAGGCUCACAACAGAGGCUACAAAUGAGCUUUUCCAACCUACCAUCAGCAAGAUCAUCAAACACAUUGAGGCCCUGAUGGAGAAGGAGGAAGUAAAGAAUGUGCGCUUCCUGUUCUUGGUGGGUGGCUUCGCUGAGUCUUCUAUCCUCCAGCGUGCGGUCCAGAAUGUCCUGGGACAGCACUGCCGCAUUAUCAUUCCUCAGGAUGUGGGUCUAACCAUUCUGAAAGGGGCAGUUCUGUUUGGGUUAGACCCCACAGUGGUGCGAGUCCGUCGCUGCCCAUUAACCUAUGGUGUUGGGGUCCUAAACCGCUAUGUUGAGGGUCGUCAUCCAAGUGAGAAGCUUCUCAUCAAAGAUGGCCGGCAGUGGUGCACAGACAUCCUUGACCGCUUCGUUUGCACUGACCAGUCUGUGGCCUUGGGGGAGGUGGUGAGAAGGAGCUACACUCCAGCCAGAGUGGGCCAAAGGAAGAUUAUAAUCAAUAUUUACUGCUGCACCAGUGAUGAUGUGGUGUACAUUACAGAUGCUGGAGUUAGGAAGUGUGGUACUGUAACUCUGGAUCUGCCUGAAACAGAAGCAGGAGCCGUUAACAACACCGCAAACAGUGCAGCGCUUGAGCGCAGGGAGAUACAAGCAACCAUGCAGUUUGGUGACACCGAAAUAAAAGUGACCGCAAUUGACAUGGCCACAGGGAGACAGGUUAAGGCUUCCAUUGACUUCCUCUCUAACUAAAUUUCUUAUGCUGAAGUGACAAAUAUAUGAACAAUUUAAAAGACUAAUUCAGUAUCCAGUCUUUGGUGGUCCAGAAAUAGUUUGGCACAUUUUGUCCCAGUUUAUCAUGCUAUUUCUUUACAAGAAACCACAUAAAUACUUUAUUUUUGUAUACUGUUACUAUCGAUGAGAAUUAUUACUAUCCAAAUUGUCCUGUUAUUGUUUUCCUAUCAAAACUGUUGGCUGUUUAAAUGUUUUUUUUUGUUUUAAACCAACAAUGCCACCUAGUGGCUUGGGGAGAAAGUGUCAGUGACGUCACAGAAUGUACUAAAAAGGACUCAUCAUAAAGACGAUAAAUAAGAAGACUCACCAUAAAGAGGACUCUCAAACACAAA